UUUAUAAUUCAAACCUUCUCCGCCUACUAAUACCCCCGCGCCUCCAUUUCAUUUCUUCGUCUUCACGCUUCUCUUUCUUCUUCUUCUUCGCCUGCAAAUCAUCGCUUCGAGUUUGGAUACAUAUACAUUGUGUAUGUAUUUCACUUGACGGAUAUACAUAAAUAUAUAUAUAUAUAUAUAUAUACUUGAGGGAGGCGGUGAGGGAGAGAUUGUGUGAAUAUGGUGCAUGGUGCUGCUGCUGCUGUGAGUCAUACUAAGGCGUGGGAGGAACUGGUGCCGACGAAAGGUUUGAGAUACGAAGCUGGAUCGAUGCUGCAACAAAAUAAUUCUGUUUCUGCGGAUGCUUGGAUAAGUCAAGCAUCUCAGCGUGAUAUGCAGUCUUUGACUAUGGCUUUGCAGAGAGAAUUGUGCUCUCAAAGCACUAAAAGUAAUGGUAUUUAUGACUUUCAGUCCCUGGCUCCUGCCGGCGGCUCUGCUUGGACGGGGUCGGAAUGGAGGUGUAAGAGUGAGAGCGAAGUGAGCUCUGAGAGCGGAGCAAAAGGAGAGGGAGAGGAAGGAGGAGGUCUCGGGAUCGAGUCCCUGGUGAGUCCUCAGUUUAAGAGAAGUAAUGGACUAAGUGCGACGGGGAAGGUGAGCAAGCGGCGGUCCAGAGCGGCGAACAAGACGCCUAUAACUUUCCUGAACGCGGAUCCGGCGAAUUUCAGAGCUAUGGUGCAGCAGGUGACGGGAGUGCCUAUAAACCCUAACGCUACUCGGCUUUGGAGCCCCUCCACCGCCGGCGUCGGUAUGCCGGGGCUUGUCCGGCCGGAGCCUAAGCGCGCCUCCUCUUCCGCCGCCGCGGUCACGGCUACCGCCUCGGCUGCUAUCCAGGGGCUUCCAACCCUUGAUACCUCGGCUAUUUUCAUUGCUGCUUGUGGCGGAGCUCCUGCAAAUCUUAAUAAUGCCUAUUCUUCUCCUCCGCCGCCUCUUGCUCGCUCCGCCGCCCCUGCCGAGGACUUUACUGAGAAGCUCAGAGUUGCUUGUAUGCAGUCGUUAAUAAAGAAUGGCGGUGGCAGCGGUGCCGGCGCCGGCGCCGGAAGUGGAUAUUUCGUGCCGGAUCAAAACCAGGGUUUCAUGAAUUUUAUGCAGGAAGCUGACCUGUGGUUCAAUAAUAAUGUCGAUGUAGAGCUCGGCGGCGGUGUUCUGUGAACAUUCUUCUUCCAUUUCUCAUAUUUUUGUAAAUUGUAGGAUGCGAUUUUUCCUGCUUUUUGUAAAUAUUUACGCAACGUGUUGGGGUUUG